UCGGUCGUUCCAGUCCCACCGAUCAGCGAAAUUGCAUUCGGCAUCAUCCAGGAAAAGCUCUGGCACGAUCCGUUCUGGCUGCUCAUUGCGGUGACAUUCCUCAACAAGACCACCGGCCGUGCCGCAGUGCCAAUCUUCUGGAAACUGAAGAAGCUCUAUCCGACACCGGCGGAGCUGGCAGCUGCUGACCAGAAAGAACUGAUGUUGUUGGUCCAUAGUCUUGGCCUACAAAACGCCCGAUCGAAGCGCCUUAUCAAGAUGGCAGCAGCAUGGCUGGAAAGCCCGCCAGUUGUCGGGAAGCGGUAUAGGACGCUGAACUAUCCCAACAAAGGCGAUGGCAAGGCCUCGAACACUGCCAACGUCGUGGAGGAAGAUGCUGAUGAUUGUGGUGGCGCUUUGGAAAUCGGUCAUAUACCAGGCUGCAGAGACUAUGCUUGGGACAGCUGGAGGAUUUUCUGCCGUGAUGUUUUGCGUGGUGUGGCGGAAGACUUCAACGGCAAGGGUGCCGCGGAAGGUUUCAUACCCGAGUGGAAGAAUGUCCUGCCGGGUGACAAAGAGUUGAGAGCUUGUCUGCGCUGGAUGUGGUUGCGUGAAGGCUGGAUCUGGAACCAUGUGAAUGGCGAAAAGCGGCGUGCGACGGUUGAGGAGAUGGAGCAGGCGAAAUUGGGA